ACGUCGGCUCACUUUCGGCUGUUACACCAGCAGCUUCGGGCAGCAUCCAUUUUCUGAUCUUUAAUCAGUUUCAACAUUCAGUUACCGGUAUGAGAAUAUCGGUAGAAUAACGCGGUGACUGAUUAGAGAUCAGCUUUUUAAUUUUAGGCGUUUCUUGCUGGGUUAGUCUGUCAGGCUUUUUUGUAAAGCACUAAUGCUUCGAAAAAAUAGACAUUUUAUAUAUUUAAUAUUAGAAAUCGUCAGGGUUAAGGUUAAAAACUCGAUUUGCAGUGUUGAUCUAUUCACAGUACUGAACAGUGAACUCUCUGCGCAAGAGAGGAGGGGAUUUUGACAGGAAGUUUUGCCUGAGAAGCUGAACUCAGGGCAGCAAAGUCACUCGUCAGAAGCCAACUGUGUCCGGUGACUAAGUAAACAGCUUUCUGUUGCUUACAGCGAUUAAUUGAGGGAGUUGGACCCAUUUUUACCCGGUAUGUUAUCAGACAGUUUGCCUGAAUCCCAUCAUAUAGCUAAUAGCUAUCCCGGUAGCGUUAACGUUACCGACGAAGAGUCAACCGGAUUUCUCUUGAACUCCAGGCUUCUUUUUCAGCUAACGCCACCUCCACCAUGACUGCUGCGGUGAGAGAUUCUGCUGUUGUACCUGUCCGAGGGGCUGGCGAUGGCAUGGAAACUGAAAAACCGCCGACCAUCCAGGAGGUAAACACAGAUACACUGCCCCCAGGUCCGUCUGCAGUUCCCCUCCUGAAGGUGGCUAGCCCUAUACGCAGCCCAAAAUCUACCCAUCCCGCUCCCCCUGCUGCCCCCCAGCCUCUGGGGGUGCUCCACUUGGGCAAGGUGAGUCGAGAGAGCUGCACAGAGGUGGAAGCUGUGAGGAUCGUUGUCCCGCGUGCUGCUAUUAGCCGGAGCAACCGUAUAGGACCUGCUGAGGACAAAGGGGAGGCAGGGCAACACGUUGAGGAGCAGGGCUCUCCCCCACUGCCUCUGGUGGAGGACUGGAGAGGACAGCUGGAGAAGCUACAGAACUCUGAACGGAGGCUGUUGCAAGACAAGGAAGGCCUUUCCAAUCAGCUCCGUGUGCAGACAGAGGUGAACCGUGAGCUAAAGAAACUGUUGGUGGCGUCGGUGGGUGAUGACCUUCAGUACCACUUUGAGCGUCUGGCACGGGAGAAGAACCAGCUGAUUCUGGAGAACGAGGCUCUAGGCCGGAGUCUGGCUCACACAGCAGAGCAGCUGGAGCGAAUGAGUAUCCAGUGCGACGUGUGGAGGAGCAAGUUCCUGGCCAGCAGAGUCAUGGCAGAGGAGCUGACGAAUGCUCGAGCAGCUCUACAGAGACAGACCAGAGAGGCACAAGGAGCAAUUCAGGACCUGCUGUUAGAGAGAGAAGAGUUCUCCAGGGAAAUGGUACUCUCUCACAGAUCUCUGGAGCAGCUCCUGGUGUCUCUGCAGUGGGGCAGACAGCAGACAUACUACCCCAGCGCACAGCCCCUCAGCACAAGAGAGCUGGCAGUAGCCAAUCACAAGCUAGCAGAUGCCAUCAACUCCCACUUGCUGGGCAACACCAGCAGCAGCGUGACCAAGAGCAGCAGUGCAACAGCUGAGCAGCUCUGCAGCACACCGGCUGAGAAGAUGGCUGAGAAGGUGCUGAAGAUUUUAGAUCCAAUCUCCUGUUCAGAGAAUGAGAGAGAACCUUCACUCAGUGAAUCCACCCCAUCAAACUUUCUCAGCAAUAAGAAGAGCAUCGGCAGGUUUCACCCAUAUACCCGCUAUGAGAACAUUACUUUUAACUGCUGCGAGCGCUGCACAGGAGACAUCCUGGUGCUGUAGAGGUCAAAGAGCGGCAUAACGUCCCUGUAUGACACCAGUGCAGCAUCAGAGCUUAUCUCAAAUGGUCUGAACAGGAGCAUACUCAGGGGGAUAUUGCCGCUUUGUGUUGAGUGACACAAAAAGUUGGCUGCUUAAGCAAACAUUUUCUGUAUCACUGAGUCUUUGCUAGUACUACCCAUUUCAGUGAAUAAAAUCCCUGAUUGUUGUAUUUCAACAAUUUCAGAUAAUGGUUUUAAAUAUUAGCAACUGCUUUUUAUUUUUGCUCCCUUUAAGAAAAUGGAAUUGUGAUUUUUCAGGGAUCAUGAUGUUGAUUGCAUUUCAGAGCCAUGGCAGCCUGGUUUAAACAGUGGAAAGUGCGAUUUAUUGCUGGGAUGUGAGGUCAAGAUGAGUCAGUGUUAUGUGGUUAACUGACACCAUUAGGGUGUCUGCUUAUUCAAAUUUGACCUUUAGGCUAGUGUGUUUACAUAUUCCUAUAUCCAUAAAUCAAUGUGCACACAUUAGAACAAACAGGAUGUCAUGCAUUAGUGUGAGUGAGGUUUGACAGGGUAGCGUUCCUGCAAAAUACCCUCCAGGAAGCUAAUUGCACAGUUGCACUGUGAUUGUUAAUAAUAAAAGUAAGUGAGACUCUUAUACUGCAGGGGACUCUUUAGUUCCUCCGUAUGAUGGUGCUAUCAUAUUUUAAAAACGUUGUAUUGAUGUAUUUUGUUUAAUGCAUGCUGUAAAGGCAUAAUAUACAUUCAGUGUUUUGGAAGUGGGUCGACGGUACUACAAUAGAUUAUUAUCGUGCAACUGUAUCAUUCAAAGAAGGCCCUGAUAUUGUCAUAUACACAUGCGCGCACACACACACAAACACACACAGGUCCAGUUAUUGGCAAAGAGGUGGACUUUUGUGAUGUUUGAAAGAAAUAUUGGUAGUAUCAUUUU